GGCGGAUUGACGAUUUGGAUUUUGGGUGUUCAAACUUUUUCUACCAGUAAAACUUUAAACAACAAUAAUUAAUUACCCUGAAUUUACACAUAUAUACUCAAAGACUUUUCAAAAAUCUAGGUGUUCAGAACACUUUUGAUACAUAGGGGCUCCGCCACUGACUAUAUGUAGUGCAAGUGUGGGUAAAAUACAAAUACAGAGAGAACAACAACAUGGGAGACCCUGGUAGCUACCCAAUUAUAUAAGCACCUCCUGCUUCCACAUUUUAAGGAUCAAACCGACUCUCUCUCUCUCUCUCUGUGGAUAUAUACCUUGGCAAAAAUGAUCCUUGAGAUCGCAAAUAAUAAGAAUAAGAACCCCUGGCUGGUAGGCAGUGGUGAUACGAAGCCACGGCUGAAAUGGACUCCAGAACUUCACCAUAGAUUUGUUGAUGCAGUAUCUCAGCUUGGAGGUGCUGAGAAGGCAACACCGAAAUCAUUGAUGAGAAAAAUGAACAUUCAGGGGAUUACUCUUUACCACCUCAAGAGCCAUUUGCAGAAAUUUCGACUCGGGAAAGGCCAGAAUCCGCAGCCACACCAAGAUAGCAAGCAAGAAGAUCACAUAGAACCUCAGAGUCAAUCACCUGCAGACAACAGCAACGAAGCCCAGGGUCAGAUGAAUGAAAGCGCCGAAACAGCUCAGGCUUUGCGAAUCCAAAUGGAGGUGCAUAGAAAUCUGCAGGAACAAAUCGAGGUGCAAAGACACAUCCAGCAGAGAAUUGAAGCCCAGGGGAAGUAUCUCCAAUCUGUUAUCAAGAUGGCACACGAGACACUUUCUGGAUGUGGUUCUUCUUCUGUAGAAGUGGAGCUUGCAAAAGCUGAAAUCUCUAAAUUGAAGAUAAUGGUUGAUAUGGAGUGCUUUAGUUGUUCAUCCUCAGGGUUGACCGAAAAAGAAUGUUCAGUAAGAAAAGACACAGAAAGUUUAGGAAGGAUGGAAUAUAAUCAAGAAUUGAUGGAAGAAGCUGGCAAGCAUAUGCCUGAGAAUUCUUCUGUGGAACUUCCAUUGAUGGAAAUGCAUCCAACUCAUGGAAAUAGAUUAAAUGGUCUCGCAAGUGGAAGAAAAAGAAGCCAAUGCACCAUUUCUGAUAAUAACUGUAAUGAGAAACCAUGUGACAGAAUCUUCAAAGCCAGCACAUAUGACCAAAAUGUAAAAACAAUUGGAUUCUUGAAGAAUCUGGACUUGAAUAAGAGGUGCCUUAGAGACUUCGAUACCUGCCACCCUAAAGAUAUUGACUUGAACUGCAAUGGUCUGGAAAAGUUUAAUGGGUACAUAUAGACAUACAGUUUGAGUGUAAGCUUUAUAUCAUACUCCGUAUAAAGUGGCUGUGGAGAACAUCAUCAGCUAGAAGUGUUGUGUAUACAACUCAGAUAUAAGUAAAUUAACCGUCAAAGAUCUUUUAUCCAUGAAGAACUAUGAACCAAACAUACACAUUAUGUCAUCCAUGAAGAAAUAAGGAAAGAUUAAAUUUUUACUUCUAAUUCUUCACAAUAAACCUCUUUUUAAGUACGAGUAUAUAACUAUGACUCUAUACAUAUGUGGAACUUACAACGAAAAAAAUUCUUAUUAUGACUCCAUUUCAUCAUCAAGUGAAGCUGAAGUGGAAGCAAUAGCCUGUUCAGUUGUCUCCACAUUUCCUCUAUUAUCAUUACUUCCAAAUGAAAAGCUCAGCCAAAUCUCUCUCCUCUGCCCAUUAGAAAUCUUCUUGUUCAGACCAUCACCAUUUUCAGUGGGCAACUUGUACCUACAAACAGGGCAAGACCCAUGAAUCCCUAGCCACUUCUCAAUACACUUCUGGUGGAACCUAUGCUUACAAGGCAUUUCUUUAGCAAAUCCAUCCAAACCCCACUCUUCCAAGCACACUACACACUCACUGUUCUUUUCAUCACUACCAAUCUCCACUCCUGGCAAUGAUUCAAUGGAAGAUUUUGAAGCUGGUGGCUGACCUCCUUUGCUAAGCAGGUCUUGCAGAAGAGAAUCCAAGUUAGAUGAAGAUGAGCUGCCACCAGCUCCUAUGACGACCAUGCCUUGGGUCACAGGGUUCACGAGCACGAUUCGGUCAAGUGAGUCAUGCGCGAUGGGAGACUCGCUGUUUACCUGGUCUGGGUCCGAUGAAUCUUGAAGUGGGUUUGGGUUUAUGAAGCUAAAAUGGAAGGGCAUGAACUGCUGAGAGAGGUCUCUGUUUCCUGAGACGGAGAGUAGUGUAUCAACGUCCAUUUUUGGGGUUUCUGCUACGAGGAGAGAAAGUAUGGAGUAUUUGAUAUAGAUAUAGCACACCGGAAUAUUUGGAAGAGUUGGAAGGAUGGAACUAUGUGCGGUAGAAGGAAUGGUAGGCUCAUGAUCGAUUAAUUGAUAAGUCUCUUGGGACGUGGGACCAUGGGUGGAGAUUCAACCUUGGAAAUAAGUUCAUGAAAUUGAUUUUUCUUUAAAAAAAGAAAAAUCAAUAAGACCAUGUGAAGGUCCCCAACACCGAUCAUAGGUUACGAAAUUGAUUUUUCUUGAUCAUAUUGUAAGAUGUAAAUUUGAACACAAUUAUAAUCACUAAUAGUUACGUAGUAUUAAGUAAUAUUUUUAUUCAUAAUUUUUUUAAUUAUAUAUAUGAAAAAAUCUCAAAUUAUCUUCUAUUCA